AUGAUGGCCGGACUGAUGGCCGUGGACCAGGCGCCCGAGCGGGAAGGAUGCGCGUACAGGCACACUUUCGCUAGCAUGGACGAACAAAGGCGCGCAUGGCUCGACGGGUCCGGCGGUGAUGAGCAGGACCAAGAGCGUCGUGGUGUCGGGGCCGCAGCUGCAGCUCGAGAGCGUAAAAAUGCUCUACGACGAGAGAGGCGGGCCCGCCAACGCGCAUCGGCGCCAGUGGUUGACCCUGGAGCCGCUGAUACGGCGCGGGAGCGCAAGAAUGCGAUGCAGCGAGAGCGGCGAGCUCGCCCUGUAGCUCGGGCGCCGGAUGCCGGCGAGGUUGCCGCGGCCGCGGUCCGGGAUCGGAAGAAUUUACAGCAGCGAGAGCGGCGAGCUCGUCAGCGCGAACAGCCUCGGGUAGAGUUCGCGCAGGAACAUGUUGCAGAUUCGAUCGCCAUUAAUGCAGCCCGGGUGAUGAACAAUACUCAACGCCAAAGUCGAUGCAUGGAGGAGACGGAGAGCGAUAGGCAGCAACGCUUGCUGAGACAAAAGACAAGCCGUCAGGCAAAGGUUGCUAGCUGUCGAGAGGAGGAUAGACGAGAUGGAGAGCAGUUGUCUGCGCGAGUACUCGUGGCGUGUGACCUGACGGAAGAUGAAAUUCAGGGGAUGGCGAAAAAACAACAUUUUUGCAAGAUCCGCGCCUCGCGCUUGCAUAUUACUAUUGCUGCGGAACAGAUCCCCGCUAGUUUGUUUUUGGAGAUGAACAGGUAG